AUGCGCGCCUCUGCUGUUUGUCGCGCGUUUCCCACGAACUCGGCGUCGCUUCACAGCGACCUUGUGCGCUUCAUCCACCCCCUUGCACGCCGCCUGCGUGAGAAAGGCGGUUGUUUACGUGCCAUGGCGGGGAGCCGUGAACAGAGCCCUGCCGUGCACCUCAACGGGUGCACCGGCCGGACCCCCGGCGUUCGAAUGCCCAUCACAUACUUCUCAGAUCACAUGAACGCCUUGCUUAACCGGCCACUGGAAUCCGCCACAGGCGUUGAUGCAACGGUGCCGCUUUACCGUUGCCCCAUCUGCUGCUCCGCGGGCGCAGCCACAGACGAGGCAGAAGAUAGUGGGUUUCAAAUGCGGUGGAUGACGCCACAGGAAGUGACGCGGCACAUGAGUUGGUUGCACGCCUCCACAGGAGCUGCGCAGUCCAGUUUUGCAGCUUUUAAUGCGCUAGAAAUGCAGCGUCUGUUUAAGGCAUUGCCGUCUUCUGCAGAUGACCUGAGUGAUGAGGAGGGGAGUCUCUCGCUACCACGCGUGGUAGUUCUUCUUGAUGUGGCGAACAUUGAGCUUGGCACGGAAGACGUGCUGGUCGAACUGCUAAAGAACUGGGAUUGCCUUAAUUUUUUUAGUCGUGUGGCCUGCGCAUUUGUGUGUGUGCAUGAGGUGUUUAUCCCCCACACCUCGCGCCCUGGCCACAUCUUCUUUCAUCUUUCACGGAUGCACCCACACUCAGACCUUUACACUGUCUAUGCCGCGACGCGAAAGGAGUCGGGGGACCUCGUCUCGGCCUCACUGAUGGGUGAGUUGCUGCUGCGCAAUGUGCGGGGCUGCGGUCCGGCAGUGGUGCUGCUCACAAGGGACCUCUUACAGAAGUCGUGCGUGGCAGAGAUGUUUAGCGGGAUUGCAGGCAAAUGUGGGCGUGUGUAUUUGCCACGCUUUACAGCCACCAGCAUUCUUCAGAAUCUGCGGGAGGCGAAUAAUGCAGGCAUGGGAUGA